AUGUUGCUCAUCCCAGCAUUACUCUCCUGCCUCUCCCUGGCCCAGGCGGCCAACAUUUUCGUGUCUCCCAAGGGCGUCGCGACCCCGGACGGUACCCAAGCCAAGCCCUUCUCCGACAUCCAAGCCGCCGUCAACAUCUCCCAGCCGGGCGACGUCAUCAUUCUCCGCGGCGGCACCUAUGACCUGCUCAAGAACAUCAACAUCACCGUCAACGGCACCGCCGCCGCCCCCAUUACCCUUCACGCUGCCAAGGAUGAGGAGGUCAUUAUCGACGGCGAGGGUCUGCCGGAUACGCCCGCAGCCGUCGGCGCCUCCGUACUCGGCCGGAACCGCGGCGUGCUCCACGUCGAGCGCGUGCAGUACUGGAACUUUGCUCGUCUUACCUUCACUCACGGAGCGUAUGGCGUGUAUGUGAAGGAUUCAAGCAACUUGCGCUUCAACCAGAUCGUCACUCGUGAGAACUACGAGAGCGGUUUCCACAUGCAGGGUGCCCUGUCUAACAACGUUAUCUCCUACCUUGACUCAUAUGGUAACCGCGACCCGAGAAACAAUGGCGAGAAUGCCGAUGGUCUGGCUAUCAAGGAGGGCAAGGGUGAAGGCAAUAUUGUUGUUGGCAGCAGAUUCUGGGAUAACUCUGACGAUGGUGUCGACUUCUGGGAGUUCCACUCCAAGUUGACCAUCAAGGACAGCAUCGCGUGGGGCAACGGCUUCAACCGCUGGAACAUCCCCGACUUCACCGGCAACGGCAACGGCUUCAAGCUAGGCGGCGGCAGCGCAGGCGACAUCCUCCCCGCCGCCCGCGAUGUCAUCAACUGCAUCGCCUUCGGCAACAAGGCCAACGGCUUCACCGACAACUCCCAGACGGGCGCCUUCGCCAUCGAGGACAACACCUCGUGGAUGAACGGCAAGACCGGCUUCCGCAGCGUCAACGCCACGGGCGUCCUCAAGCGCAACGUCGCGGCCCUCAACAACCCCGAAGCUCUCGCCAACGCUACCUACUUUGGCCAGGCCACGCUGCGCGAGCGCCAGACGUCUAUCGGCAACUCGUGGGAUGUCGCUGGCGCUGCGCUGACGAACGCGAGCUUCAAGAGCGUUGAUAUUGGCCUUGUUUCUGGUGCGCGCGGCAAGAAUGGCAAGAUUGUGCCGAGCGACUUUUUGGUGCUUGCCAAUGGUGCCAAGAUGGGUGCUACGACCAACUGGAAAUAA